GCUCCUGCAUCCCCUUCAUAGCAGCAGGUAUUUGGGGCAGGUCCAUCCUCCCCACCAGCCCUCUGGAAAAAAAAGAAAUGCCGCACAGCAGCUUGAGCACACGGAGAUGCUCCGCAUCAGCAAAAGGAGCAAGGACUGAAGCCUCUUACCUUCCAAGCAUGGAGGGGGGGGGCGCGGUUUGACAAGAGCAGGGCAAUCUGCACACAGGCAGAGGCUCACAGCAGCUGCCCGCCUGCUCUUUUGGGCAGCAAAAUCAUUUCAGCCUGCAGGAGCUGCUGGUGUAGCCCUUCCCAGCGUCUGGAUGCAAUGUCACAGGCACAGCGCCUGUGUGCAGGCACCAUUUUAUGUCCUGCCUGAGCCCUCAGGAAGGUGCGGGCGGUGGGGUACAAGGGGGUACAAGGCUUAUCACCAGGAACACAGGCAGCUCCGCUCUCACUCCCCCCUCUCCUCUCUGUUUAUCCCAGAUGCUCCUUUCCCAGUUGCUGCCCCUGGAGCCUGAGUCCACGCCAGCCGAAGAGGACACAAAGGAGGGGUCCAGCUUUGGCCCUCAGUUUCUCUCCUCCACCCUCCCCUUCCUCCCGUCUGGGGCUAGAGCUGCCCGUCCCUCUCUCUGGCGCAAGACCCUCGCCAGUCGCAAGUGGGCACUGCCUGGAGAUUGGGCCUGGAAGGCUGUGCCCAGGGGCUGCUUUGGGCUGAAACUGGACAGGAUCGGGACCUUCAGUGGUUUGGGGUGUUAGCCUAGGAGGGGCUCCAAGCCAGAGGAGACCCAGGCGCCGCAGCACCGGCUUGGGAAGCAGCACAGCACCACAGCGGCCAAAGUCCUGAAGCUCCUGCUCUGAAGGGGAGAGGCAGCGGGGAAGCGGCGCGGUGGUAACAAGGAGGAGCUGCCCGACUCCACGGCUGCCCCUCAGCUGCAGGACCCCUGCUCCGCCGGCAGCCCCCUCCCUCCUCUCCGUGCUUGAGGACUCGCGUGCUAAUUAAACAGAGCUGUAUUAAUUUCCGCAUCCGCAAGCGGCCGUGGCUGCCCCCAGGCCGUGGGGCUGGCGGUGGGGGGGCAGGCCGGGAGAUGGCGGCAGAGCCCACCGCCCCCGGCCCCCCGGGCACGGGGCCAUGUUGGGUACGCACCGCCAUUCCGGGUGGGCUGGGCAGCACGCACGGUUGCAGCGCAGCGCUGACGGGUCGGCGGCAGCGGCGGGGGGGGGGGGGGGGGGGACAGCGGGCAAGGUAUCGACCGAGCGCCGGGGCAGAAGGGCCGCGUUGGCUCAUCCCAGCCGCACUCUGCCCCCCGGCACUGUGGUGUUUGCCGAGCAAACACAGGGGCCUCCUGUUUGCGCGGUAGCUGCCCCUGAGAGUCUCCCCCUGGCCCCUCGGCAGGAUGGGGCACCGUGAACCCCAUCACGGGCUUGCACCCCUCCAGCCCCACUGCUGUACCAUGCCAGCCAUCAUCCCCUGGCCUUUAAGAAAAGGUCGUAACCUCAGCCGGGUCUAAACUUAGCUGCCGGGCCCCCGGUGGCACCGGGAAUAGCAGUGGUAUAAGGGGAGUUGGGUUACGUUCAAGCUGCGUGACCCCUCUCUGCCCCCCGCCCCGGUACCUGCGUGGCUCCCCCAGCCCGCUCCUCCCUCCUUAUCCUCAAAGCCCUGCUGGAGCCCUGCUCAGCAGAGCAGCCGGAGGGACAGGCCUGCUCCCACCACCCCCUGCCAGCCCGGGUCUGCAUCCCCACCGCUCCCACACCUUCCUCCAGGACCCCCUCCCCUAGGGACGGAGGCUUUCGGGGCGUGCUCUGGGCCUUGUGCCUAACGUGGCUUUGUCCCACAAGCCCUGCUCCAAGCUGGGGGGGAUGCAGCCCGGCACAGCUCAGUGGGGGAGCCCAGCAAUGCGGGGGGGUGGCGGGCUGGGCAGCGGCGGCAGCCAUGCAGGGAGCCCUCCCUUCUCGUAGGCAGCCGGCGAAGGCGGGCCAAGGCAGCAGACGGGCAGGAUUUCCGCUGUCACGUCCCGGAGUAGCAGCAGUGCCGCAGUGCCUCAUUAAGAUGGUGCUCACGCUGUGGCGCGUGGCCUGCCGGGGAAGCGGCCGGGCCGCUGGCCCCAUCCACAGCCCGCCUGGCUAAACCCACCCAGGGGAGCCAAAGACAGGCGUGGGGGGGGUCCCCAACCUCGGGGGCAAGAGAGCUCCCAGCCAGCACCUGCUGCCUCCCAGCACUGGUGGGAGUGGGAGAUGCUUGUGGACCCGCUGCUCCCUCGGGGUGUCCCCAGCAUCCCUGCGGACCCUUUGCCCUUGCCGCCAUGCUGGGGGAGCAGGUGGGCUGAAAGGGUGGGUGUGUGUAUGGCGGGGUCUCUCCUUUGUUACCAGGUGACAGCAGUGCACGCCGUUCCCCAGGGCGCCGGUGGCAGCGAGCCCCGGGGGAGGCAGCCCCUCACCGGCCAUCAUCGCGGGGGGGGUGGCGGCGGUGUCCUUUCCCGCCUCCCCAGGCCCCGCCGCCCAUCUCCGCCCUGGGGACACCUCCCCGCCGCAGGGCGAGGACCCGGCUUCCUCCGGGAGCGGGGCAUCUCUCACCACCAUCACCGCCACCGCCAUCACUGCCCAGGGGUGGCUCGGCGGGAAGGUGCAGU